AUGGCUGACACCGUUCAAUCUGAUGAAGAUCUUGCAGCUGCCUUUACUUCGUACUCCGAGGCUCGAAAAAGGCUUUCUGAUCGAUUCAAGAACAGGGGUUUCUGGCCAGUAGGUCCCAAUAAGGGGAAGGGCAAAGGAUACUCCAACAAGGGUCGUGGAAAGUCUUUUGGGAAAUUUCCAAAGAAGUCCUUGCAACAACGAAUACUCGAAAGCUCAUGUAGAAUCUGCGGGAAGAAAGGGCAUUGGAAAGCUGAGUGCCCUGAAAGAUCUAGGGGUAGCGCGUCCACCAGUGCAGCCGGAACAUCAGCAGCGAUGACCACCACUGCUGAGCCCCUUGAUGAUGCAUCCGAGCCCAAUGCCUUGCCAAUGGAGUUCAUGCAACUGAAUGAAAACCUCGCCGAAAAGCACAUGGAGAUCCAGAAUGACUGCGCACCUUUUGAACCUGAGAUGAUUCUUUUCUCCACCCAUGGUACCAGUGGCAUUCUCGACACCGGUGCAACGAAGUCAGUGAUUGGUAGCAAACUGCUGCCAGCGUUCAUAGAAAGCCUGCCGCAUGAUGUCCGAAAGGCAAGCAUCAAUAGUGAGCGUCAAGUCCUGUCGAGCCCGAGACCACCUCGUCCAAGUUCAUUGAACUUGUCCAGAGCCUUCAGGAUCGCCAAAGCCAUGAGCCUUGCCAGCCGAGUGGAUCGAGUCAUGGCUCAAACGUCUCCCGACGGAGUAGCAGCCAUCGAGCAGAAGACGUUAGAAGAGAUGGGCAACUGCAAGAUUGCGUUUGGAAAAGCGCAUGUGGGCAAGUCCUAUCUCGAGAUGUGGGAGACCGAGAAGGGAUGGAUGAAAUGGUUCAUCAGAACCUACUCAGACAGCCAUCGAGAAGAACACAGGAAGCUGAUCAUCUAUGUCGAAAAGAUGGUGCAACAGCUCGAGAUCGACAAUGGUCUCCCAACACUGGAGGAGACCGAGACGCAACAAGGGGUGGUACAGCCUCGCUGCAAAGUACUCCCCAAAGCCAAAGCGUCAGCCCACAUGACGAACCAGGCACACGUCGAUGCAAUGACCGUCAUGAGCGAAGAUCCCAACGACCCAUGGGAUGUGAUGGAGCAGAUCCACACCAUGCCGGUGACCACGCAAUUCCAGGAAGACAUGAACGCUAUGCAGAACCGAGUUCUUGCCGUAGAGAAUGCCCUGACAGAGAUCCUGAGCCUCUUGCGUCCCGGGCAAUGA